GCGUGUGACGAAGCGACGCGGCCCCGGCUUGUCAAGAUGGCGGCGGCCGAGUGAGGCGAGCGGCGCCGCGCUCCCUCUCCCGGUCCUUGAGCCCGAGCGCUCCGUAUCCCGCCGCAGGCCCAGUUGUUUGUUUGGUAUCAACCCAGGCAGACGAGGUUUCCGCUGUUUAUUCAGAUCUGUUCCUUGAUCCCUGGUCUUUGAUGGGUUGUAGGCGGUAGCACCAGCACAAGAAGACCCGCCACUUUCAAACGAGGAGGAAUAGCCUGACGCAGGCGGUGGUGCAAUGGCACAGUCUCCACUGCAGGGUGCUCUUCCUGGAAUACAGAAUUUAAAAGCAGAUCCCGAGCUACUAUUUACAAAGCUGGAAAAGAUUGGCAAAGGCUCCUUUGGUGAAGUUUUUAAAGGAAUAGACAAUCGGACUCAAAAAAUUGUGGCCAUAAAAAAUAUUGAUCUCGAAGAAGCUGAAGAUGAAAUUGAAGAUAUUCAGCAGGAAAUAACUGUCCUGAGUCAGUGUGAUAGUCCAUUUGUCACAAAAUACUAUGGAUCUUACCUGAAGGAUACAAAAUUGUGGAUUAUAAUGGAAUAUCUAGGUGGUGGCUCUGCCUUAGAUUUGUUAGAACCUGGAUCACUGGAUGAAUAUCAGAUUGCAACAAUACUAAGGGAAAUAUUAAAAGGUCUAGAAUAUUUGCACUCGGAAAAGAAAAUCCACAGGGAUAUCAAAGCGGCCAAUGUCUUAUUGUCUGAGCAAGGUGAAGUGAAACUGGCAGAUUUUGGAGUUGCUGGCCAGCUGACCGAUACACAGAUAAAGCGAAAUACUUUUGUGGGUACACCGUUCUGGAUGGCACCUGAAGUUAUCAAACAGUCAGCAUACGAUUCCAAGGCUGACAUCUGGUCCUUGGGAAUAACAGCAAUAGAACUUACAAAAGGAGAACCUCCACAUUCCGAGUUGCAUCCAAUGAAAGUUUUAUUCCUUAUUCCGAAGAAUAAUGCACCAACGUUGGAGGGAAAUUACAGCAAACCCUUAAAAGAAUUUGUGGAAGCAUGCUUGAAUAAAGAACCAAGUUUUAGACCUACAGCAAAAGAAUUACUGAAGCACAAGUUUAUAAUCCGAAAUUCCAGAAAGACGUCUUACUUGACGGAGCUGAUUGACCGGUACAAGAGGUGGAAGGCAGAGCAAAACCACGAAGACUCCAGCUCGGGGGAAUCUGAUUCGGAGGCUGAUGGACAAGCAUCUGGAGGGGAAGAUACAAGUGACUGGAUCUUCACAAUCAGAGAGAAGGACCCGGUCAAACUACAGAAUGGAGCUGCUCUGCUAGACAAGCUCAACGAGAGCGACCAGGUACCAGAUGCUCCAAAGCAAUCACAAUCUCGAUGUUUACCUACAAUUAUAUCUCCAUUAUUUACUGAGCUCAAGGAGAAGAACCAAGCAGGUAGAGGUUAUACCGAAGCAGUAGAUGAACUGAGGGAGGCCUUUUUUUUGGUAGAAGAAGCUUGUCCGGGGAUUUCUGAUACGCUCGUGAGCCAGCUUGUGCAAAGACUUCAGAGAUAUUCAUUAAGUCGUGCUGGUUCUUCCAACUGAAGAUUCAUGUUCAUAUCUUGAAAGACGAUGCCGCCUAGAUUGAGGAGGUGCUCUUACAGUGAUCACACAUAACAAGUUUGCAAGAGUUUUCCUGCCAUCGGCUAUCCACUGGGCAAACAACAUCAAAAGAUGAAGUCUCUCAGAGCAAUCGCCAGCCAGUUUGUGCUGCUUAAUGCAAUUAGUUUUUAUCAAUUUCUACCAUAGUGCACAUUUUCAGGUGGGAUGAAUUCCCACCAAUUAUUUUUUUUAAGUUUUGUUUUGUAUCCCAAAUUGUAUAUUUAGGAGUGGGAUCUGGAAAACGAAACCUCUGCAGUGCCUCAGGUAACCUGCUUUUCGUUGAUGAUUAUUACUGGGAGACGGAGAGGUUCUCUAUAGUUUGUGUACAUUUGUAUAUAGAAUCAUUUUUACUGAAGAUGCAAAUCUUGAGAGUGCAUUAGGAGUGGGACUCUCUUACUGAACAGUCUCCUCUGGGUCAGCUAUGACCUGCUUAAACUCUGCUUCUGAGGUGGCUCAAGAGACCAAUGUGGGAUCUGCAGACCCUGCCACA